AUGGGGACCAUCUCCCUGUCGGUUACGUUAGGGAUGGAGGAAAACUUCCGCACAGAGAACGUUCAGUCCAAUGUUGCGGAGGUCAACCUCCCAUUCAAUGCCAUUAUUGGUAGGCCGGCUCUAUACCGGUUCAUGGCUGUUGCGCAUUACGGGUAUCUGAUCCUCAAGAUGCCGUCCCCUGCAGGGGUCCUCACCGUGAAGGGUGACCGGACCGCUGCUGUGGUGACCGUUGAGAAGCUGCACGCACUAGCAGCGGACCUCGUCCUGGCUGCCGGUGCAAAGGGGUCCGACCCCUCACCCUCAUGUGCUAGGGCACCAGCCAAGGCGCCCAAGGUCCGUCCGUCUGAUACGGACGAUGUUCCCGUGAAAACCGUCCAGGUUGGAGCGGAGCCCUCUGUGACACCCUGA